GGUUCCAAGUUUCCAGAAUGGGUGGAAAAUUCUUUCUCCUUUGCAUCACUUCAAGAAAUCGAUAUAAUGGAUUGUGAAAAAAUAAGAUUUCUUGCUCUAUACAUUCAUGACUCUCUUGGAAAUCUGGACGCACCCAUAUCAACAUCCAUGCUUGAGAGGGUGUACAUUUCUGAUUGUCGGCAACUCACAUCCAUAGCAGGGUUGCAUCAUCUCCACUCGCUUAAAAAUCUGAAGAUAUACAAUUGUCCUCAACUCCGGCUCUUAUCAGAGGGACUGCCAUCCAAUCUUCAACAUCUGCACAUUGAGGAGUGCCAACAAUUGACAUCACUGUCGGGGAUGCAAAACCUUACUUGUCCUAAAAAAUUAAUCAUACAAAAUUGCCGUCAACUCCAGCUCUUUUCAGAUCUACUACCAUCCAAUCUUGAAGAUGUGCAUAUUGAGGAGUGCCGGUGGUUGACAUUACUUCCAGGGUUCCAAAACCUUACUUCUCAUGGGGCAUUAAUUAUAAGAAAUUGUCCUCAACUCCGGCUCUUAUCAGAGGAAGAACUGCCAUCCAAUCUUCAAGAUCUGCAUGUUGAGGAGUGCCAGCAGUUGACAUCACUGUCAGGGAUGCAAAACUUUAUUUUUCUCGAAAGAUUAACUAUAAGAAAUUGUCCUCAACUUCGGGUCUUAUCAAAGGAAGGAUUGCCAUCCAAUCUUCAAGAUUUGCAUAUUGAGGUGUGCCAACAGUUGACAUCACUGUCGGGGAUGCAAAACCUUACUUCUCUUAGGACAUUAACUAUAAAAAAUUGUCCUCAACUUCGGCUCUUAUCAGAGGAAGGACUGCCGUCCAAUCUUCAAUAUUUGCUUAUUAAGAAGUGCCAGCAGUUGACAUUACUGCCGGGGAUGCAAAAUCUUAGUUCUCUUAGGGCAUUAACUAUAAAAAAUUAUCCUCAACUCCGGCUCUUAUCAGAGGAAGGACUGCCAUCCAAUCUUCAAUAUCUGCUUAUUAAGAAGUGCCAGCAGUUGACAUUACUGUCAGGGGUGCAAAAUCUUACUUCUCUUAGGGCAUUAACUAUAAGAAAUUGUCCUCAACUUCGGCUCUUAUCAGAGGAAGGACUGCCAUCCAAUCUUCAAGAUCUGCAUAUUGAGGAGUGCCAGCAGUUAACAUCACUGCCGAGGAUGCAAAACCUUACUUCUCCCAGAAGUUUAAUUAUCAAAAAUUGUCCUAAACUUCAAAUCAUGUUAGAAGAUCAGCUCUCAUCUAUGCCUGAUGAAGUGAAAAUUGUUGAUUGCCCUGGAUUGAGUAAUUGGUGCCAAAUACAAAGAAUCAACUGCAUUCAGAUCGCUUCAGGCAACAAGCUGACUAUAUCGAACACAUGGGAGAAGAUAAUCCGUGGGUUUGAUGAUUUGACAUCCGUUGAGCAUCUUUGUUUCAGUAAUUCUUGGGAACCCUUUCAGCAAAGAGACUCCAUACCGAUAAUUGAAGAGCUGACCAUAUGGGGUUGCACGGACAUCUCACCACCAUUACUAUGGUACCCGCCCAUGCUCGCAUCUAUUCGAAGCUUGGUCAUAAAGGACUGUCUCGGAGUCCGACUCUUACGAGAUGAACUGCUCCCAUCCAUGCUCAAGUCCUUGGUAGUUGACAGUUGUGAAAACCUAAGGUGUUUGCAGUUGGUACAGCAGAAUCGAGAUGUAUUUGAGGAGCUGCAGAUUGUGAAUUGCCCUAAGAUCGCAAUGGUGCAAGGGCUGAAUCACCCUUUCUUCCCAAAAUUCUUAACAAUAGAACAAUGUCCUCAACUUCUGCUUUCCCAAGAUGAUUGGCGGCCAUUUAUUCAUCCACGUGUCCAAAUUGCAGGAGUGUUGGAGACAAAAUUCUAUCCUCCACAUUCAGAGGAAAUAGAGAACAAAGAAACAAUUGAUGAUGGAACCCAGGAGAAACAAGUGUCGGAUUGGGUGAAGACUGAGCAUGCUAACAGUAUUGUAUCUUCAAUAUUUGAUGCAGCAGAUGAUUGCAACAUGGGUCAAUUUCUACAGCUCGAGCUUCCUUCUGGUUUUUACUCGCAGCACCCGGUGCAUAACAAUGCAGAACCAUUGCAUGCAGACAAUAGUGUUGCAUCUCCAAUAUCUGAUGACGCAAUUGAUUGCAACAUGGGUCAAUUCCUACAGCUUGGGUUCCCUUCUGGUUGUAGCUCGCAGUCCCCGAUACAUAACAAUGCAGAACCAUCGAAUUGAACAUGUGCUGGCAUGGCGCACACACUGCACCGGUAGGUGUCUCGCUAGGGUGUGGGCGUUGAUAUCUAAAUCCCUAUCAACAUUAACCAAAUUGUUGUCAUCUUCGUAAAAUGUAUAAUGUGUUAAAUACAAAAUUAGUUUCUUCUCCAACUUGAUUGUUUGUUUAUUGGCAUUAUCUUGGCAUUAAUUAUUUUUUAAUUUUUUGGGAAAAUGAUCUUGGCAUCAAUUCCUAAAUGAUCUUACCUAGUAGCACCUGUAAUGUAGUGGGUUCAGGCCACAAGCAUCUUUAGGUUUGGUUUCUCCACUAUUGUGGUUGUCUUUGUUGAAAAGUAAGGUUUAUAA